AUGGAGUGCCCUUCACUUUCAUCGCUGAUCGAUCCUUCCAUUGACUUCCACGUCCCACAACCCGUACACGAGCUAGCGACGUCCGCCAUGGCUUCCGGCCUUCUUUCUCUCCAGCCGCCUUCGCCCCUCGAUUUUGACGACACCACGGACACUUCGGACUCCACGUCAGCCACAAUCAGCGCCUUGAAUAGCAUCAACGCCACGUCGGAGCCUUGGGAGGAGGCCAUGCGCGCUCAGCUCGCCACGUGGUUCGAAGACCCGGACUUUGUCGAUGAGGUUCCGUCAAUGGACGUCGUCCCCGGCGACAAAGGCGUCGGUCUUAUUCUUGACGGAGACGCGAUCGUCGCGCUUCCUCCCGACGCCGUCUUUUCUAUGCUGUGCAACGCGCACAACCGCCGAGUUUAUAGGAACGUCAAGGCGGCGAAGAACGAGCGCGUCGUGAGUGACUGUAACGGGGUUAAGGUUUGCGAAAUGGACUUCACUCUCACCUUCAGACUGCCCCCCUUUACAGGAACAUUCGACUCGCACCUGCUCUUUGUCUACGAUCGCCCGAAGCGCAGGGUGACUUUCACUCAAACGCGCCCCGGCUUCAUGCGCAAGUUCGAAGGCUACUGGCAGGUCGAGUCGCACCUCGUCCCGGCUUCCGCUCCCCUCUCUUCCUCCCCCUCUUCCUCGCCCUCCUCGCCCUCCCGCCCUACUUCCCCCACUUCCUCCGCCCCCUCCCCCCCGAUCGGUACCUUCGGGUCGUCCCCGCAAUCGCCGCUCUCCGAAGUUUGCGGCGGCCAGUGUGAUCGCGAUUGGUCUGCGGAUUUCGCUGGAGCUUUUGCAGCAAGCGCCGGCAGCGGUUACCGCGUGGCGUCGCGCCUGGUGCUGCAUCAGUUCGUGCUGCCGCCCAUCGCGCCGCCGAACAUUUUCAAGCGCUGUCUGCGCGCCCUGCUCCGCGAGUCCACGCGCGAUCUGCUGGUGGUUUUCCAGGAGGAGGCCGCGCGUAUCCGUCGCAACAAGGGGAAGGAAGAAGCGGAGGAGAAAGGGAAGGCCGGGAAGAGCUCGAAGCUGGGUUUAGGAGCUAGUAUAGCUCGUUCAACACCUGCCGUCCGCAAUCCGUUUGAAUAUCCGUCCGCCACGUCACCCGCUAUCAAGGCCACGUCAGCCGCCAUGAACACGUCAGCCACUAGUAUCCCGACCGCGUCAGAGCCCUGGGAGGAGGCGAUUAGCUCUCAGCUCGCGGCGUGGUUCGACGACUCGCACUGGACGGACGAGCCGCCUUCCAUGACAGUUACCGUUGGGGACCACGGCCGCGGCCAGCUAGACGGCGUCGCGACGGUCGCUCUUCCCCCAGACACGGUUUUCUCUAUCCUCUGCGACCCGCACAACCGCCGCGUGUUCACGUUCAUUAAGUCCGUCAAGAACGAGCGCGUCGUGAGUGACUGUAACGGGGUGAGAGAGGUCGAGUUGGACAUAGUGUUCGCGCUCAAGGUGCCCUUCUUUACAGGCACGUUCGACGCGCACCUGCGCAACGUGCACGACCGCCCCAACCGCAGGGUCACCUUCUGCCUGUCGCGCCCCGGCUUCAUGCGCAAAUUCGAAGGCUACUGGCAGGUCGAUCCGCUCCUCGUUCCCGCUUCUGCCACUUACGCCACCUCCCCCUCUUCUGCCGCUUCCGCUGCUUCCGCCGCGCCUUCCGCCAGCGAUGUGCCGUCAUUUCUCUCAGCAGAGGGUGACCCUGAGUCGGAGUCGUUCCCCUCCGUUUCCUUCACUCCUCAAUCGCCGCUCUCAGAUGUCAUGUUUCUGGGCAGCUCAUGCGACAGCGAUUCCGAGUCCGGUUCGGACCUAAAUUCGUCUGGCAGCGAUUCUUCCAACAGUGCCAGCAGCAGCCCGGACCGCUUCCCUGCCCGCGUGAUACCAGACCCCACCACCACCACAAGCGUCGGCAGCUUGUGCGGCAGCGGUGGUGGGUUAGGCGGAGACGACACGCGCAGGUCAGGCAGGUUAGGCGAGGACAGCGGGUUAGGCGCGGACGGCGGGUUAGGCGCGGACGGCGGGUUAGGCGGAGAUGCUGGCAUGCGCGUGGCGUCGCGUCUGGUGCUGCAUCAGGUCGUGGAGCCGUCGCUAGCGCCACCCCCGAUGUUCAGAUGCUGCGUUCACGCGCUGCUCAAGGCAGCGACACGCGAUGUGCUUGUCGUUUUCCAGUAUGAAGCCGCACGCAUUCGGAACAGCAAGGGGAAAUCCCCCUGGAGAAAUGGGGCGGAAGCGGGCGCGGAGGAAGGGGAGGAGGAGGGGAAAGGAAAGGCGGGGAAGAGCUCGAAGCUGGGAGCGAUGUUUUUGCACAAGGAGGCGCUUGGGGGGAAGAACAGUGUGUUUGGCGUGGGGAAGGGGGGGUUUGGGUUGAAGAAACCGGCGCAGCGGAAGGCGUGA